AUGGUUAAGAGAAUUCUAGUUUCUGGUGCGUCCGGUCUCGUUGGUGGUAUACUAAUUGAACAUCUAUCAAAAAACCCCAACUAUGAUAUUUAUGGUAUCGAUAAGCAUAUUGAAUUAUCGAUACGUUAUCAACUUGAAAAUACACCAAUAUCAGAAGGGCAACAACCAAUAUUACCACCAAAAGAAAAAUUUUAUGUAUGUGAUAUCAUCGAUAAAGAUAAACUUUCACAUAUUAUCCAAGAUAAUAAAAUCAAUAUUAUUAUUCAUUUAGCGGCCGUUUUAGAAACAGAAACGGUUGAAAAAAUUAAUCAUAUUAAUUGUAAUGGUACUAAAAUUUUAUUUGAUAUAGCAACAAAGCAAGAGCAUGUUGAAAUGAUUAUUUAUGCGAGUUCAGUAAUGACCAUUUAUGGCUAUUUAGAAAAUGAACCUUAUUCAUCAUUACUAAAAAAUAUUCGACCACAGGAAGCAUUAAAAAAGAUAACACUCAAUGAUCCACCGAUACCAUCACAUUUAAAUCCAUCUUUUGAAGCAUAUUGUAUGAGUAAAAUAUAUGGUGAAAAAUUAGCUAGACAAUAUUCAUCAACUGAUGGAAAUGUUAAAUUUGUUUGUGUAAGAUUGGGUUGGAUAAAUACAACUGAUGAUGUAACGUCUGAUUUAUAUGAUUGGUCAGAUAAGUCAGUAUGGUGUAGUCAUCGUGAUUUAUGUCAAUUUUUUGAUCGAGUAUUAGAAAAUCAAUUGAAAAUGAAACAAUUUCAAAUUUAUUUUGUUUCUUCAAAUAAUGAUUAUUGUUGGUUUGAUAUGGAUAAUGGUAGAGAAGAUUUAAAUUAUGUUCCCCAAGACGGUGCUAAAUGGAAUGAGACAUAA